CAGAGUCUGAAUUGCUUUUUUUGAAUGAUUCUACUUACAGAAAUAGUAGAUGAAACCCUUCUUGCUGACACACAGUUGAAAGCAUCCCUGAAGAAGCAUCCCUGAAGAGAAACGUUCAUCGCCGCUUGCUGUGACCAAACUCACCUGUAAGGAUUUUCUGACUGUCACAGCAUGGAGAAUCGUUUCACCUCUUCCUUCCCUGUUUCAUGCCAGAACUCUAGAGACUAUAAUCUCACAACCAUCUGUCCUGACAACCAAACUGUAAACUCAACAUCUCCAGCUCUGCUUAACCCUCCAGCAUUUGGGAUGUCCUACUUCACCAUGACCCUUGGUGCGCUGUCUAACCUAACUGCAUUAGCGAUCCUUGCCCAUUCCUACGCACGCUUACGCCGACGAGCCAAAGUACCGUUUCUACUGCUGGCUUCAGUCCUGCUGGUAAACGACCUGGCUGGUCAUGUGAUCACAGGGGCUUUGGCGCUUCACCUCCAUCUUGGGAGGGUGAAACAUCACUGGUUGGCAGUAAUAGUGGAGCCCCCACCGGUCUACUGCAAAUUAUUUGGCGGUUGCAUGGUGUUUUUUGGCCUUUGCCCUCUGCUACUUGGUAGUGCGAUGGCUGUGGAGCGCUGCAUAGGUAUAACACAACCUCUCCUGCACCCAACGAUUGUCACCAUGACACGCGUCCGCCUCACCGUGCUGCUGAUCACCUUCACCGCCCUCGUUUUGGCAGGACUCCCUCUGCUAAACGUGGGCGAUUACAAACCACAGUUCCCUGGCACUUGGUGUUUCUUACCUGUUAACAGUCUGCUCUCCAUCACUGAUGCAAACCUCGCUUUGGCUUUUUCCACAUUGGGGCUUGUAACAUUGACUGUCUCUGUUGUGUCCAAUACUAUAAGUGGGCUGAAGUUGUUCCAGGCAAGGUUUAAGGACCGAUGUGUUAAGUCAACCAUCACCCGGAGACAUGGAUCGUACUCAUCUUCGCCUCUGCACUCCCUGGAUGUGGAGAUGAUGACGCAGUUGGCCGCGAUAACAGUGGUCUCCUGUGUUUGUUGGAGUCCAUUUCUUAUUUACAUCCUCAUAUCCGUUAGCAGGUUUUAUGAAGGGAUCCGAAGGCCGAGGCGUCCGUGUGAGAAGAUGCUUCUCUUGGCUCUUCGCUUGGCGAGCUGGAACCAGAUUCUGGACCCGUGGGUCUACAUCCUCCUCCGGAGAGCGGUUCUGCGCAGACUGCUUCAGCUUCUGCAGCCGGACAGACUCGUGUUUACACACAGCGGCUCCUACGCAGACUCACACAGGAAGAAAAUUAGUUUACACUGAUCACACACCUGUUUACACUCAUUUCAAAUAUGUUUACAUGUGGUCACUCACCAAAAAUAUAUGAAAGGAAGCAUUUAAAGAAUUUGCUCAAAAAAAAAACUGUUUGAAAAUUAUUGUUUUUCCUUGUAAAAGAAGCAAUCUUUUAGUACCUCUUAAAAAAUAAUUCAAUAAAAGGUUCCUUGAGAGAGAACACUUUCAUCACUGUUUAAGUACAUCUUUAAAAAGUUAUUUUUGUAAUAAUGUCAGAUUUUUGUUCUUAUUUAAGGUACUUUUGAUAUCAUUUUAGGAAUUAUUUAUUAAUAAAAACGUGUUAUUCUUUUAAAGUAGCUAUAAUAUUUAUUAUUUUCAACUUGGUCACUUAUUUAGUAAGAAAUAUGCUGAAGUGUACUUCUUUUUCACAAGGGUUGAGUUUACAGUUUACAAAA